AUGGCUUCUUCAAACAUCCCCACCAUCCCCGAAGCAAAGAUGUCUGUCGUUGCUGAUGGACAGACCGAGGGCCAGCAUCUCGAUCUCAACGGAAACGUCUUUGAACUCCCCAACUUCACCAUGAAGCAGAUCUACGAUGCCAUUCCCGCACACUGCUUCAAGCCCUCCAUCCUCCGCUCCAUGGCCUAUGUUGUCCGCGACUACUUCUACUGCGCAGCCCUCAUGUACCUCGCCGUCACCUACAUCCCUCUCCUCCCCAACCCAUACCUGCGGUUCGCAGCCUGGGUAGCCUACACCACCGUGCAAGGCUUCGUCUUCACCGGUAUUUGGAUCCUGGCACACGAGUGCGGCCAUGGUGCCUUUUCGAAGAACAAGAUGCUCAAUUACACCAUGGGUCUCAUCAUGCAUUCCUUCCUCCUCGUACCCUUCCACAGCUGGCGGUUGAGCCACUCGCAACAUCAUAAAUCCACGGGGAAUAUCGAGAAGGAUACCGCGUUUGUGCCAAGCUCGAGGGAGAGUUGGAUUGCGAGGAAUUUCGGACCCAGCGCCAAGGCGAACAUGCUGGAGUUUGCGGAACUCGCUGAGGAUAGUCCGAUUUCGACAUUGUAUACGGCACUACUGGGUCAGCUGUUUGGAUGGCCUGCAUAUCUUCUCUGGAACUUGACGGGUCAGGAAUAUGGUGGUGCGAAGGGCAUGAAGAUCAGCCAUUUCUAUUUCGGCGAGGAUAGUGUCUUCUUCAAGAAAGCUGAGCUGCCCCUCAUCUUGCUGUCUGAUGUCGCUAUUGUGGUUAUGAUUACGGCAUUGGCGAUUGCGGGACAGGUGUUUGGGAGCUGGAAUGUUAUUGUGCUCUGGGGUGUGCCGUGGUUAUGGGUCAACAACUGGAUUGUUGCCAUCACCUUCCUUCAACACACCGAUGGCAGCAUGCCGCAUUACAACAACAAGACUUGGACCUUUGCCCGCGGCGCCACCGCAACCAUCGACCGUGACCUCGGCUUCAUCGACACCCAUCUCUUCCACGACAUAAUCGGCACGCACGUCUGCCACCACCUCGUCUCUACAAUCCCCUUCUACCACGCGGGCGAAGCCUCAGAACACAUCAAGAAAGUCAUGGGCACGCACUACCGAGCGGACGUCAAGACGGGCUUCUGGCGCGCCUUCUGGAACGCCCAACGCACGUGCAAGUUCGUCGAGGAAACAGCCGGUGCCGAAGGGAGCGGCGUGUUCAUGUACCGCAACUUGUAUAACAAGCCAGGCCAAACACCCGUGCAAAACCUCGUGGGAACCGACAAGAACGGCCGGAACGUGGAGAGCCAGACGGGAGGCCGUGGUGCCGCGCCCGUAAAGUCUUCAGCGCCUUCAGCGAUGGCGACGGCUAUGUCUUCGUCGCGGAACUUGGAGGCGCGGAGACGCUUGAGUCAAUCUGCACAGCUCAACUUACCGUUGUUGGCUGAGGGAUGA